CCCCGUAGCGUUUUCUGGUGUGUGUAACUAAGGAGUUGUUUAAAUCCCUUUGAAGCGUGGGUACCUUGCAGUGGUCUAAAGCUGGGAGCUCUCUGGGCGGUUAUCUUUCUUAAAUGUUACUUGUACAGCGUAGUUAAGACACGAACAUUUUUAAUUUCACUUACAUCAAUUCUGCCUUGUACACAAGUUAUUUUUGUGUUACCCUCCUCCCCAACACCACCUGCCUAUCCCGAUCUGAAAGCCUGCUCGCUUUCAAGGAGAGUUGCUUUAAUGGGCCAAUCCUAGCCUCCACUAAGCAGGGUCUCCAGACAGCAGCAGCAGAAGCAGCUGGAAAAUGCCAGUGGUGUUAGUUGGGAAGGAAGUGUGUAGGAAUGAAUACUUCAACUGAGCAGCACUAAGCAAGUAAAUGAACUCUGGGGUUGAAAGCCCCAGGAAAACACAAGGCAUCCGCCGACAGGAGGUCAGUCCACUUCCGGCUUCCGGGACUCGCUUGCCUUGCGCCCCUGGAAGAGCUCAUUUCCCCUAGGCCGCCCUAGGGUAAUGGUUUAUAACCUUCAGUCCUUUGCUCUAGAAUUUUGUCCCAAGAGCUUUACGUGUAUCCAGGAAACUCGGGGUUACGGCAGUGAGGCAGCCACGACCGUAGUUUUACAGCAACCACUGAAAUCGUUUCCGUUUCUUUGGAGGACUGAGACCAUCGAUGAAAAUAAUUUGGCAAACAAGGUCUCAACAUGUAGUUCAGACCAGGCUGGCCUCAAACUUGGGUUGAUCUUCCCGACUUCAGCCUCCUGAGCGGUGGGAUUACAGGCAGAAACUUGCAGAUGCCCUAAAAUGACUGCACUAGAGCAGGCAGAGGCCCAACUCUCGGAAUUAGACCUGCUGGCCAGUAUGUUCCCUGGUGAAAGUGAGCUCAUAGUCAAUGACCAGCUGGCUUUAGCAGAACUGAAAGACUGCGUUGAGAAGAAGACGACAGAAGGGCAAUCUUCAAAAGUUUACUUUACUAUCAGUAUGAACCUGUACAUAUCUGAGGAAGUAAUGGUGAUGUUUUCUCUGGCCUGCAUUCUUCCCUUUAAAUAUCCUGAAGUCCUGCCUGAAAUUACUGUCAGAUCACCAUUAUUAAGUAGAUCACAGCAAUCUCAGCUGAACCUAGAUCUGACUGCUUACUUGCAGAAGAAUUGUCUUGGAGAUGUCUGUAUACUGAAUGCCACAGAGUGGGUUCGAGAACACGCCUCUGAUUAUGUCAACAAAGAUGCCCUCUCUUCCCCCACCACAGAAAGUACAGUCCAGCCAAUUGAUCUCAUUCUUACAAGGCUCUGGAUCUAUAGCCAUCACAUCUAUAAUAAAUGGAAGAGAAAGAAUAUCCUAGAGUGGACAAAAGAGCUUUCCCUGUCCGGGUUCAGUAUGCCUGGGAAACCUGGUGUUGUUUGUGUGGAAGGCCCACAAAGAGCCUGUGAAGAAUUCUGGUCAAGACUCCGAAAACUAAACUGGAAGAGAAUUCUAAUUCGUCAUCGAGAAGAUAUUCCUUUUGAUGGUACGGGUGAUGAAAUGGAAAGACAAAGGAAAUUUUCCACUUUUGAGGAAAAAGUAUUCGGUGUUAAUGGAGCCAGAGGAAAUCACAUGGAUUUUGGUCAGCUGUAUCAGUUCUUAAAUGCCAAAGGAUGUGGGGAUGUUUUCCAGAUGUUCUUUGGUGUGGAGGGACAGUAACUAAAGAAGAGUGGCUGAAACUAUUUCAUCACUGUUGGCCUUUGGAUUUUUUUUCCCCCUACUCUCUUAAAAUUUAGUCUUAAUUCUAUCCUAGAAUGGUAGGAGGAAAAAUUAAAAUGUGAAAGGAUAGUUUCAAUGAAACUGUAAAAAAUAAGUCAUGAUUGAAAGCAGAACUGAGUUUCAAAUUAUAGUCUUUAAUUUAUCAAUAGAAACUUCUUGACAUAUAAGCUACCCAUUUUGAAAAACUAUGUAUAAGUCAGUGUUGGGCUGGGGAUGUCGCUAAGUGGCACCGCUCCUGUCUGGCAAGUGCAAGGUCUGGAGUUCGAUCCCCAUUACCCCCCCAAAAAAGAAGAAAAAGACUGAAGUCAAUGUUGGUGGUCCACCUUGCUAGCUGCUCUCAAUACUCUUCACCUUUAUCUGCCUUCACUACAGAACCCUGAAGGCCAUGUGCUCACCCUUCCAGCCUCUGUGGUGGCCACUGGCGGCCUGAAGACACAAUGGACGGAUUUCUGGGAAAACACUUUUUCCCAGAUGAAAAUGAUACAUGCACUUAAGCCAUCUUUCCGCCUCUUCCUGCCGCAAAAGCUAAAGUGAAGGUUGGAGCUGGAUCACUCCUUUCAGCCAGGAUGGGAGGAUGGACCCAGAGCAUCAUAGAGAUGUCAGGCUUCAUGUUCCUGCGUUCCUAACACAACAUCAGCCCUUGGCAAUUUCUAGACAUUGGACUAUAAAAUAAAACCAGCUUUGUUUAAAUUUGCUUGUCACUAGCAGUUGAAAGCUAGUUUGUAUAACAGGUUUUUUCAAAGGUUUAGUUUUGUAUCUACCCUAGCCAUUUGAUAUACAAAUUGUGAAAUUUUUCUUAAAUGGAUUUGCAGCUCACUUCUGGUUUUGUAUUGUUAGGCUUUAUCCCUUUGCUCCUGUGUUUGCCUCACAGAAAGCGGAGAUAUGAGUUGAGCAGAACUUUUUUGUUUGUUUUUGAAACAGGGCUCACCCAUUCAUCAAAUUGGUAAUUUAGAGAAUCUGGUUUUGGCAAAUUGGAUUUUGAUAUACUUUUCACUCUGGAAAUAGCCUUUGUGAAUUUAUAUUUGGUAAAUUGACCUACAGUCCAAUCACACUGCCUGAUUUUCUAUUAAUCAAUUCCAAAACAUUAAAUAUGCCAGAGAUUUAGCUUAGCAGUACCACUGCGUGCCUCAAAAGCGCAAGGGCCAGAGUUCGAACUCUGGUAAAAAAAAAAAAAAAAAAAAAAGACCCAAAAACAUUAAAUAUUAAUUUCUAGUACUCAGAUUGCUAUCAUGUGCUGGCUAUUCUUUGAAGAGUCAGACUUGAGUGGAGUUAAAGUGAGAUACAAUACAUUGUACAAGCUAGUUGGAAACAUAUAUGCCCAUCUCUGAGGGAAUCUCUUAAGUAAAAUACAGCACAUAAUAUAAUACUAUGUAGAAAUCGGAAGGAAUGAAA